ACUCGCAAUACUCGCUUCAUUCUCAGUACAAAAUAACCUAUAAAUUAUAUAAGUUGUCUGUUUUGUUUAAAUACAGUUUACAAUAAGUGUAAAUACAGUUAGUGUGCAUAAAGAUAUAUAUAAAAACGGUCACUAUUCAGUUGUACAAAAGAAGCAAGCUGUGACAAUUAUUAUCUGUUUUGUUUACUAGAGUUUACCUUUACGAUUCAUACAAAAUUACGAUUUCUCUCAACAUGGCACCUAAUAAAAAAAGUAUUGUUUGGCAAUAUUACGAAAAAAAUGACGAGAAAAUAGCCAGAUGCAAGCUAUGUCAAAAAAAUGUUAAAACGGCUGGCAAUACCUCCAAUGCAAUGGCUCAUAUAAAAAAUAUUCAUAAAGCUGUCUAUCUGGAAGUUUUCCAAAAUAAAAAUACUGCUGCUGCUGCUGUUACAAAAGAUUCAGAUUUGUCAAACCCUAUCCCUAGUUCUUCAAAACAAUAUAAUAUCACGAUGUUGAAAUCUACCGUUAACGAACAUCUACUGUUGCCUUCAACUUCAACGUCGCCGCCAAUGGAUACUAGCGAGAUAAGUACUAUCAAUUCUCAAACUGAUCAAAAGAUUGAUUAUAAUAGGGAAUUGCCUUUUAAACGCCAGAGGUCAAUCGAAAGUAGUUUUGGAGAAAUAUACGCAUAUACUUCUACUGGUGACAAAACUAAAAGAAUUAAUAAUGCAAUAAUGUUCAUGAUCUGUAAAGACAAUCAGCCUUUUUCAUUAGUUGAAAAUGAAGGUUUCAAGAAUCUUUUAAAAGUUACGGCACCUCACUACAAGAUUCCUAGCAGAUCCACUGUGACACGCUGGUUAGAUGAAAAGUAUGAUGCAUUAUCAACAGUUAUGAAAAACAAAUUAUACUGUGUAGAAAAUCUUACCUUAACAAGUGACAUUUGGUCAGAUCUACAAAUGAGAAGUUACCUAGGUGUAACUGCUCAUUUCGGCAUCGGAAUUGAAUUUUAUUCCGUAACUUUGGGUGUGUACCACUUAGAUGAAAGACAUUCGUCGGAAUACAUUGCACAAAUGCUCACUAAAACAUGUGAAGAGUGGGGAUUUAAUACGGAUAAAGUCACAGCAGUAGUAACAGAUAAUGCUGCAAAUAUGGUGAAAGCUGUCGAAAUUGCAUUUGGGAAAAAGAAGCAUAUCCCAUGCUUUGCGCAUACACUUAAUUUAGUUGCUCAACAUAUUUUGGGGAUUCCUGAAUUACAACUAAUCAUAACGAAAGUAAAAAAUAUUGUUACUUUUUUUAAACAAAGUUGUGUGGCAAGCGAUGAGUUGCGUAAAUCAGUUAAGGCUGACACAAAAUUGAUUCAGGAUGUCCCUACACGUUGGAAUAGUACGUACUAUAUGAUUGUACGGUUUCUUGACUUACGACAUGCUGUAAGCGAAAUUUUGAUUCGUCAUAAAACAGCACCGCCGAUGUUAACUGGUAUGGACUUGACAAUAUUAACAUCGCUUCUUAACAUUUUACGUCCACUGGAAGCAGCGACUAAGGAAAUAUCUGGUGAUAAAUAUUGUUCUAGUGCCAAGGUCAUUCCAUUAGUGCACUGCAUGAUAUCAAAACUGAAAAACCUAGUAAUUGAAGAACCUUUAAUCAAGGAGGUACAUAAACGCACUCUUAGCGAGAUUAACAAACGAAUGGGCGCUAUCGAACACGUAUCAUCAUUAGCUAUUGCUACAAUAUUGGACCCGAGGUUCAAAAAACUUCAUUUUGAAGAUCCAUUGGCCUGCGCAAAUGCCGUUAGUAAAAUUAAAGAUAUAAUUAAAAAAACUCAGCAGGAUGAAUUAUGUACUACUACGGAAUCUGACUCGGACAAUUCCGACAAAAUUAGUCUGUCAACGGAUUAUAGUCUCUGGAGCGAUCACCAUAAACUGGUCCAGCGGAAUUGGAAGACAAAUAAAGCAGACGAAAGUCUUUCUGAUGAGUUAUCGCUUUAUUUGAGGGCUCCGGUUAGUAGAUUUAACGAAAACCCAUUAGAAGUGUGGGUAGAUUACAAAGUACAGUUCCCAAAGUUAUAUAAUGUAGCAUUGAAAUAUUUAACAAUGGUGGCUAGCUCUGUUCCAUCUGAGCGACUUUUUUCAAAAACCGCACAGGUUUUAACUCAGCAGAGAAGCAGACUGCAAGCCAAAAGAGUAAAUAAAAUUUUAUUUUUGCAAGAUCUAGAGAAAAAGUAUUGGGAUUUAUAAAUAAAUAAAGUUGAUUUGUUUCUG